GCCCCCCUUCCCCAAAUACAUUUGAAUCAAAACAAAGCAGGCUAACGGGCCCCUCCUGGCAUUUCCAGCGAAACUCAGAGGCCAGUGCCACCACCUCAACAAAGAAACCCAUCAUUGCACCAGAAAAUUUUCAGCAAUCACUCCACACAAAUCCCACGAAAUCUUUUAAUCCUUCUUUCUCUUAGAACCCAAUUCAUAUUGAGAGAGCUUUCUUCUUCUUUUUUUUUUCCCUUUUUCUUUUCUAUCUUUGGCCCUUAAUUAAUCUCUUGGAGAACUGUUAAGGGGUUGCACUUUGUGUGAUGACGGGCUCUGUGUGAGGGGGUGGGUAUUGGGUUCUGUUUGCGACUUUGAUUUGAUGGGGAAUUGCUGGUGUAGGUGGAAACCAUCCAUUUACAGAGUAUCAUCUAAUGUAAAGUCAGAGUCUCCAAAAUACCAAGCCCCACCAGUGAGGGAAGGGAAAGAUGGCCAGAAGUUGCCUUCCAAUCCUGAAGAGGUUGAGGACCUACGCCGUGAUUUUGCUGCAAAUCCACUGAUUGCAUUCUCUUACAAUGAGCUAAAGAUAAUAACAGAGAAUUUUAGGCCAGAUCAUGUGUUGGGUGGAGGAGGAUUUGGAAGUGUUUAUAAAGGACACAUUUCUGAGGAUUUUAGGGAGGGGCUUCAGCCCCUUCAAGUAGCAGUCAAGGUUCAUGAUGGAGAUAACAGUUUUCAGGGCCACAGAGAAUGGCUGGCAGAGGUUAUAUUUCUGGGACAACUCUCUCAUCCAAAUUUGGUUAAACUCAUUGGAUACUGCUGCGAAGAUGAACACCGAGUACUGAUUUAUGAGUAUAUGGCCCGGGGUAGCGUGGAAAACAAUCUUUUUUCAAGAGUAUUACUUCCUCUACCUUGGUCCAUCAGAAUGAAGAUUGCAUUUGGUGCCGCCAAGGGACUUGCAUUUCUGCACGACGCCGAGAAACCAGUUAUCUAUCGCGAUUUCAAGACAUCUAAUAUACUGCUGGAUCUGGACUACAAUGCCAAGCUUUCUGACUUUGGGCUCGCAAAAGACGGACCCGUGGGUGAUAAAUCUCAUGUCUCCACCCGCAUCAUGGGGACAUAUGGAUAUGCAGCUCCUGAAUACAUAAUGACAGGCCAUUUGACUCCCAGGAGCGAUGUCUACAGCUUCGGAGUUGUUCUUCUGGAGCUUCUCACAGGCAGAAAAUCUCUAGACAAGUCUCGGCCAGCCCGAGAGCAAAACCUGGCUGAUUGGGCCCUCCCGCUGCUGAGCGAGAAGAAGAAGCUGCUCAACAUCGUGGACCCGAGAUUACAAGGAGAUUAUCCCGUCAAAGGUGUCCACAAGGCAGCCAUGCUUGCCUACCAUUGCCUCAACCGCAACCCAAAGGCCAGGCCACUGAUGAGAGAUAUUGUGGACUCUCUCGAGCCUCUUCAGGUUGCUGUUGACGACGUACCUUCUCCUGCUUCGUAUGUCAUCAACAAUGGCGUCCCGGCUGCAGAGUUUCAAACAAGAGAAAACGCUUGACAGACUGAGAUUGAAUGAUUGAUGAUGACUACAGCAGUGCUUGUUUUCUCUUACUGUUUUUCUCAAGCUUGGACGUCCACACCAAUCCAGCAGUCUGAAAGGAGAAUUGAAUCUGAAUGGGUUUUCGUAAAAGAACAAAUUAAAUGGGUUUUGCCAUGGGAAGGAGAUGGGUUUUGAUCAUCUCUUGCUGCCAAAACAGAGUCUAUAUAUACUAGUAAAUUGCAAUUGUAUCAUAUUAUCAUGGGCUUGGGGAAUAUGUAAACAGCUUAAACUCUAAUUAUAUGCUUCUCACAAUAUUUGUACUGAUUAAUGCAUGCACCACAAAUUAAGCCUC